GGACUAUGAGGCCGAAAGGUAGAGACAGAUCGUGAGGAAGAAGAUGGUUUUGAAACAGUGAAGAAUUCUCCCAUGACCAAGACAAGCAUCGUACCAUUUCCACUGUAGUAGCCAAGCCACCACCGCCACCACCUGACCACGAUUCAAUCUUUUCUACUGCGACUCUCUCUUGCCAUGUACACAUGGUUGCUCCUACUACCCAACAACCAAGUGGGGACAAGUAGAUACUUGCCAAAACUCUCUUUUGGCCAGAUUUCGAGCAUAUCUGGUCAAUUCUGUGUUUCAUCACAUCAGUACCUUUCCAAUCACUGCCUGUAAGCUGGAUUUCGAUAUAGGGAAUGAUGUUUUUGUUCCAGAGCUCAUUGCAGAAUGUUGGGAGUUCAUCGCUCAUUAUCCGAUGAUUAGUCCCAGGUUCUGCAAGGCUUGUGAGUCCCUCCAGGUUUUUUCGGACUCCAGGGUCACAUACGUAACUGCAAGCUGGUAUCUGUUCCUCCUCUCUGUCUAUCUCUCUCUCCAUCUAUCGCACUUUUGAUAUCUAGGCCAUUCCUCCCUAUCUUAUCCUAGUCUGGAGCAGAAUGGCUUCCAUUCCUAAGCCAAUGCAUCAUGGCCGGAGGCUAUUUGAGCUGCUGGAAGAGCAGCAAGAGCCUUUUCUUCUGGAUGUCUAUCUUUUGGAGCAUGGGUACUCGGAUAGAGCGACCAGAGCCAAUGAUGCUGCUGCAUUCAUGUGCUGGCCAGGGAGUGCCUGCAGAAGGCUAAGGAGGUUUGGCACCUAUGGCUUCAAGAGGAAGAGAGGUGGGAUUCUUAGGCUCCUGCUGGAUAAGGUUGUCUACAACAAGGUCGUCAGGAAGGCUUGGAGAUGGGAAGGUGCAGUCGUUGGCAGUGGAAGAUGGAGCAUCUUUGGAACGCUCUUCGAGUUGAAAGGCAAAUCCAACGUUGUGGAGUUCCACAGGCUAUCAUGUUCUGGUGGCACUGAAGUGGACAGGGAGGAUCAGUGCAGGGCUCCGAGCUCCUCCACCCAGCUGAGCCCUGUGUCGGUGCUCGAACUGCACUCUGAUGAAGUCGAGGAAGAGGUAUCAUCGAUCUCAGCUCAUAAUUGGGCUGCCGUGGAGGAGCUCCUCUACGGCAGGUGCCAUGAUCCUAAGAGAGCCAACACAAAGAAGCACUUUGUGUUAGACUGCCUGAGGGAGGUGGAAGGAAGGCUUUCGACUCCUCAUGAAUGCUCAGGUCCGGAGAAGAGAGGAAAGAACAGAGACGAGGAGGUGCUAUCGUACGACAACCACGGAGCUGCUUUGGCUAACCUAUCCCGAUUGAUCGACUCUGAUUUCUCCAAGACGGGGAGAGAGUGGAAUCAUCAUCAGCAUGAGAUGACAGAGGUUGGGACACAGAUUGAGCACCUCAUCUUCGAAGAGAUCAGGGAAGAAACACUUGUUGGCAUUCUAGAUUGUCACUGUACAUUGCAGAGAUGUUGAUUCUAAUGAUUAUUACACUGUCAACUUUACUUCCCCACAUCAUUAUUCUAAUCACUACUAUCUUUUUCUGGCAAACAGCUCGAGAAACCUCCAAAUAAUGCCACAGGAAAAGACAAAGUCUUAAUCCAGCUGGUUGUCCUCUCUGUAUUAAUGAUUCCUAAUGUUCAAUGCCACCGCAAUGAUCUGUACUAGUCCAGCGCAACGAAUUAAGGUUGUUUUAUCUGAUCCAUAGCAUUAGGGAAUGAUUUGAUGUAACCUCCAUCGACAUAAAGGAGUGAGCAAAGUCAUCAGCUCAAGAUUAAGCUGCUGGUUGAUGGAAGAGGCAUGAGAUCUUCCGGUUGAACUCGCUGGUCCUGCCAUGGCCAGUAGGUGGAACAGAGUUAUUUGGACGAGUCAUGGUCCACCGUUCCAUCAAACCAUGUGCGUAUUGAUUGCAGGGGUGCACGACGACCUCAGCCAAGACGAGAAUGCACUCACACAAACGGGAUGGCCGUGUCGCCUCCGUUGAGCCACGGGGAGCUCAACAGGUCCAUCGUCUUCACUCGACUUACCCCCCCCACCCUCGUUUGAUAAGGUUGAUCGAGCUCGCCACCUCACAACUUUUCGGCUGGCUUUUAGUCUCAUCACGGGUGUUUAACCUGGAAGAACCUCCAAGGAUUCAGAAACGGUCACCAUUAAGCCUUUGCUAGUGCCAACGGGAAGAUUGCUUCCGGGGAUUGCCUUACAAUGAUAGCAUCAGGACACUUAAUUUUCGCGUCUCCUUGUGGAUGGCUGUGCUCUAAAUAAAUAAGGAGCAUCAACAUCGAAUGACAGAGAGUAGUUUGCUCAUUUCAUAGUUUGGACCACCGGGAAUCCAAGAAAUUGGAUCAUCCCCAGCUCAACAAAUGUGAGGCGAGGAAGAAACAAAGAAAGGAG